GCCGGGCUGCCGGCCUCCAGCUGCUGCGCGGUGCUGUGGCCUUGGCCUUGGCCAUGCCCGCCAGCCCCUGAAGCUCGCCCGGAGGAGGGAGCAUGCAGGGCGCCCCGGCAGGAGGCUUGGGCCCUGGGCUGCCCGCGGUGGACACACGGACGCUCCUGGUCUGCAGCUUUCUCCUGGCAGCAGCUUGGGGCCAAAUGAAUUUCACAGGAGACCAGGUUCUUCGAGUCCUGGCUAAAGACGAGAUGCAGCUUCGCCUUCUCAGGGAGCUGGAGGGGCUGAAGCCCCAGAAGGUGGACUUCUGGCGUGGCCCGGCCAGGCCCAGCCUCCCCGUGGACAUGAGGGUGCCUUUCUCCGCGCUGAGAGACGUCAAAGGCUACCUGGAGUCUCACGGCCUUUCUUACAGCGUCAUGAUCAAGGACAUCCAGGUGCUGCUGGACCAGGAGAGAGAGGCCAUGGCGAGGUCCCGCCGGCUGGAGCGCAGCGCCAGCAGCUUCAGUUACUCCUCCUACCACACCCUGGAGGAGAUAUAUAACUGGAUUGAUAGCUUCGUCACUGAGCAUGCAGAUAUUGUCUCGAAAAUUCAGAUUGGCCACAGCUUUGAAAAUAGAUCCAUUCUUGUCCUGAAGUUCAGCACCGGAGGAGGUUCUGAGCGCCAGGCUGUCUGGAUCGACACUGGAAUCCACUCCCGGGAGUGGAUCACCCAUGCCACCGGCAUCUGGACCGCCAAGCAGAUUGUCAGUGAAUACGGCAAAGAUCGUGUCCUGACCAACCUAUUGGACACCAUGGACAUCUUCCUGGAGAUCGUCUCCAACCCCGAUGGCUUUGCUUUCACCCACAGCAUGAACCGCUUGUGGCGGAAGAACAGGUCCAGCCAACCCGGAGUCCCCUGCAUCGGUGUGGAUCUGAACCGGAACUGGAGGUCCGGCUUCGGAGGAAAUGGUUCUAAUGACAACCCAUGCUCAGAGACGUAUCGUGGGCCCUACCCGCAGUCGGAGCCAGAGGUGUCUGCCGUUGUGAACUUCAUCACAGCCCACGGGAACAUCAAGGCUCUGAUUUCCAUCCACAGCUACUCUCAGAUGCUCAUGUACCCUUAUGGCCACUCACUGGAGCCCGUUUCAGACCAGGAGGAGUUGCACAAUCUUGCCAAGAGAGCAGUGCAGGCCCUGUACAAGGUCCAUGGGAUCAAGUACAUUUACGGCAGCAUCAGCACCACCCUCUAUGUGGCCAGUGGGAUCACCGUCGACUGGGCCUAUGACAGUGGCAUCAAGUACUGCUUCAGCUUUGAGCUCCGGGACACUGGGCGCUAUGGCUUCCUACUACCGGCCACACAGAUCGUCCCCACGGCCGAGGAGAUGUGGAUGGCAAUUCGGACCAUCUUGAAGCACAUCCUGAGGCACCCCUACUAGCAGCAUGAUCGAGGGCAGAGCAGGAGAGGCCAUCCUCCUCCCCAAGGCCUGGGGCUCCUCCUGAACCCCAAAUCAGACACCCCUCCCUGAAAACCCUGCCAGGACCCCUUAGAAAAUAAAUCAAGUUUAAUAGGCUUUGUGGCCUCUUGCACUGAGUCCCAUUGGACUCAGCAUUGAGGAGGGGACCGUGACAGCUCGAAAAGCCUCUUCUCCCCCCAGGUAUUCAGGAGGGUGAGGCCCUGCCUUUUCUCCUCGUGCAAGGCUCUCAGGGCUCAGAACAGACAACUCAUCCUCUCGGGAGCUACUCACAUACACAUUGUCCUCUCAGUGGCAUUUACAUCUUAAGAUGACCCCGGAGGGGACAGUGUUUGAUCUCAGAGUGGGUUCCCAGUGUUGGCAUUUCCAGCAUCUUGGGGGAGAGGUGGGCACAGAGAGGCAGGCAGCCUUCUUCUCUUCCUGCUUCAUGUCCCAUGCUGGUUGGGGCCCCCCUCAGAAGAUCCCACUCACCCCGUAAAUGAAACUGAGCAAGUCACUGGCUGUGACCUGCUCCUCCUGGGGCCCUCAUAGGCUUCCGUAGUCUUGGAAACACAGAGUCAGAGCCUAUCAGAGCCAGCUCAGCAAGCACUGCACAUUCAUGGAGAAUAAAUCCU